CAGCUAUGUCAAAGGAUAAGGAAAUUCCAAGCCCACCUCCAGAGUGGCCGGAAGAAAUGUUAAUUUAAACAUAUAUCGGAAAAGUCUGGAGGAGAAGUCAUCAUGAGAAGGAACCUCUAGGACACUGGUAGAGUACUUAAUAUUCGGACAAACCAACCCACAGAAGGCCCUCUUGUUGACUGAUUACAUGGAUAUACGGUGUGGAUGGACUAGCGCCUGCAUGAGGGAUUUGCCCUCCCCUCCUGCUGCCUGAGGUCAACCCAACACAACGCCACCUUGAUAAGUCUGGCUUAGCUGGCCACUUGAGUUUCAAUGCUCCACGCUGCUCUAAGAUGAGGGUAUGGAAAGAGAUCAUCCUCGCCUUCAUCCUGUUUGGUGCCUCGUUUUUCCUCCUGCUUAUGAAAAGCAUGUCACCUGUUGGGUCCUCCUACCCAAAGGCCUUAGGGAUUUCAUCAGACCCUUCCUCACAGCCACCAGCCACAUCAUCCUCAUCUUCACUCUCAUCAACCUCGGCAAGGAAGCCAGCGCUGCGCCGAGCGGUCAGAGCCACGGAGGACAUGGGCUUUCUUCUCUCCGAAUUCUCGUACCUCUUCCAAAGUUUCACUGAGGGCGAGCUGAAGAAAGUGAUUGCGACCCUGGUGGACCGUAAGGAGAGGAGGAUCAGAGCCGAGACGGGACGGAGAACCAAACGAGCACGGAAGGGCCCGAAGCCGUGUUCUCUACACGAGAUCGAGCUCACGGUGAGCGAGCUCGGGCUCGGGUACGAGAGCGACGAGACGGUGCGCUUCAGGUACUGCAGCGGGAAGUGCAUCCACGAACGACGCAACUAUGACAUUGUAAUGGAGCACAUGCAGUUAUAUAACGGCUCCAGUGAGAAAGGCCGGCGAGGACGGGAUAAUGGAAAAAAAGACAAGGCGCGCUACGCCCCAUGUUGUCGCCCUACGAAGUUCGAGAAGAAAAUGUCUUUCUUUGACAACAAGGACAAAUUCUACACCAUCCAGAACGUCUCUGCGAGAGCAUGCGGUUGUGUAUGACAUUCCGGUAACUAUGGAAACGUCAGGGAGAAUGUCUAUACAUUACCAUGGCAACAGAGAAUGUUUCAGAAUUCCGUGGUAACCAUAGGAGCUUUGGAAAAGGCCAAAUAACCAUGGAACUAUUAGAGAACGUAGGGCAAAUUGCAAUUUCGAAAAAGAUGCUGAGAGGGAUCCACAAUGCCACCAUGGAAAAAGUGAAAGCUACAGAAAAGUGAUACACAAAACACAAAAGACAAGGCCUGAAUUGUCUAAAGCCU